GCAGAUAAUAGGCAUGGAGGCCAACCUGCCAUCCUCGAUCAUAAGAAGGUGACAAAACAUUGGCAAUUUUCACCCCCCACAACACGAUAAGCCAUGUGAUAAAUUACAUUAUAUUCUGUCAAUUUAUUUAUAAAGACAAGAAAAAAAAAAAAAAAAGAGAAAAAGACCACAAAAAUGGUGUAGAAAUUUUGCAGAAUAAGACAACUCACCAUACCUUCCGUCUCAGCAGGUCAAGCACAAUCACACCAACAACACCAUUACUGCCUUUUUCUUUUUAUCCUUCUUCCUCUUUUUCUCUACACAAACAAACUUAUUAUUCUCUCUCUUAAGCAGCCAAUACAUACUCACACACACACAGUAACAUGCAACUGUGCAAAUCAUUGGGUUUCUCUGCACAAAACCACCCCACCCCAAUUCAUUUCACAUCAUAAAUUCACCUCCUUUCUCCACUCUCCAUACUCAAUUUGAAAGUUCGCGUCUUUCUGGAUUUUCGCUGCGUUUUACCAUCUGGGGUUGCCGCCCGAUCAUGCCUCCGGCGCUGUCGGAUCCGCUGUCGGUGACUCCGGCAAGCUCCGACGCUGUUCUGCAGCGAUCGGCGCCGCCGGAGAAUCGGCGAUUCGGUGAUCUUAGAGGGUUGCAGUGGCGGAUAAAUCUUGGGGUGCUGCCGUCUUCGUCUUCGACUUCAAUUGAUGAUCUUCGUCGAGUCACCGCGAAUUGUAGAAGAAGGUAUGCUAGCUUGAGAAGGCGCCUUCUGGUUGAACCACAUGUUCCAAAGGAUGGAGCUAAUUCACGCAAUCUUGUCAUUGACAAUCCACUUUCACAGAAUCCAGAUAGUACAUGGGGUCGCUUUUUCCGCAAUGCAGAGUUGGAGAGAAUGGUUGAUCAGGAUUUAUCACGUUUAUACCCAGAACAUGGCAGUUAUUUUCAGACUCCAGGAUGCCAAAGCAUGUUGAGACGAAUUUUAUUACUGUGGUGUCUCAGGCACCCAGAAUGUGGUUAUAGACAAGGAAUGCAUGAAUUACUUGCUCCUCUGCUUUAUGUUCUCCAAGUUGAUUUGGAGCAUCUUUCGGAAGUUCGGAAGCUUUACGAAGAUCACUUUACAGACAGAUUUGACGGCCUUUUAUAUCAAGAGAAUGAUCUUUCUUACAGCUUUGAUUUUAAAAAAUCUCCAGAAUUGAUGGAGGAUGAAUUUGGUUCUCAUGGAAAUGCUGUGAAAGUCAAUAGUCUUGAGGAACUUGAUCCUGAGAUACAGACCAUUGUAUUACUAAGUGAUGCUUAUGGAGCUGAAGGUGAACUGGGCAUUGUUUUAUCUGAGAAAUUCGUGGAGCAUGACGCAUACUGUAUGUUUGAUGCUUUGAUGAGUGGGGCCCAUGGUUCAGUUGCAAUGGCCGAUUUCUUCUCUUCAUCCCCUGUAUCUGGGUCCCAUAGUGGCGUGCCUCCUGUGAUUGAGGCUUCGGCUGCAUUGUAUUAUUUGUUGUCUCUUGUAGAUUCAUCUCUCCACAGCCAUCUUUUUGAACUUGGGGUUGAACCUCAGUACUUUUCUCUUCGAUGGUUGCGAGUUUUAUUUGGACGAGAAUUUUCACUUGCCAACCUCUUGAUCAUAUGGGAUGAGAUCUUUGCAUCAGAGAAUAGCAGCUUGGAAAAAGGUGCUGAUGACUGUGAGUUCAGGAUCUUAAGUUCACCUCGUGGAGCAUUUAUCUCAGCUAUGGCAGUAGCUAUGUUACUUCAUUUAAGAUCUUCACUACUUGCAACUGAAAACCCUACAAGGUGUCUUCAGAGAUUACUAAACUUUCCUGAAGACAUUAAUAUUGAAAAACUACUAGAGAAGGCUAAAUCCUUGCAGGCUUUGGCACUGAGUGUUGAUAUUUCAUCAUCGUCACUUUUGUUUCUUGGAUUUCAUUACCAAAGUAAAUCUAUAUAUACUACAUCUGUGACCCUUCCAUCUGAAUCCGUGUCUCCGAAAACUCCACUGAAUUUGUUACCCGAUAGCUAUUGGGAAGAGAAGUGGAGGGUUGCCCACAAGGCUGAAGAACUUAGGCAAGAUAGUCUAGAAAAGCAGGUUCCCACUCGGAAAAAGGGAUGGACGGAAAAGGUAAAAUUCAGUUUGAGACGAGCAAAAUCUGACCCUCCUUUGUCAAGGAUUCAGAGUGGCAAACAUUUUAGGCGCAGUUUGUUGGAAGAUCUUCGCAAGGCACUCGGCUCAGAGGAAGAUGCAGAGAAAAUGCAGCCAGAUGAAACACUACGGCAGCAUGAUAAUCCUUCUGAAGCAGUUGAAGUACAACAAGAAGAUAGUGUCUGUAGUGGUGACAGCAAUUACUUGUCUGAUGAUAGAUCUCCAAGUGGAAAUUCUGGCAGUGAGGAAGACUUGUCUAUAUAUUCUGACCCGACUAGUCCCCAGAAUGAGGUCAAUGAUCAUGAAAUUACCUCAGCGAAAAGUAGUGUUACAUCUAAUUCAUCCCUAGACGAAUGCAAUGAAACUUCAGGUACCAGUUCACCAUUUCCAAUCUCCGAUCCUCCUGAGAACAUUUCUCAGACAUCACAGUGCAAUACAGAAAAUUAUGAAUGCAGUGAAACAUCACAUACCAGUCCCAAUGAUCCACACCUUCUAAUCUCCGAUCUUCCCGAGAACAUUUCUCAGACAUCACAGUGCAAUACAGAAAAUUCUGAAUGCAAUGAAACUUCACAUACCAGUCCCAAUGAUCCACCCCUUCUAAUCUCCAAUCCUCCCAAGAACAUUUCUCAGACAUCACAGUGCAAUACAGAAAAUUCUGAAUGCAAUGAAACUUCAGUUAUCUGUCCCAAUGAUCCACUCCUUCCAAUCUCUGAUCCUCCAAAGAACAAACCUCCGACAUCAGGGUGCAAUAGCUUUGAGGAAGCAGGAAAUACAGUCAAUCCUCCUAAAGACAAAAAACAGAAUAAGUUGCAGUGGUUUUGGCCGUUUGGACGGAAUAAUGUUGAAGUGAUCUCCGAGAAAGCAGCAGGUGCUGCUGAAGCCGCCAACCGGGGUAGCAUUCAAAAAAAUACUCCACAACCAGCCUCAUCUGCAGUUAAUGAGCCUUGUAGUUCUGUUAGUUGCAGUGGAGAAUCUGUUGACAAGAAUGUGAUGGGCACUUUGAAGAAUAUUGGACAGUCUAUGCUUGACCAUAUUCAGAUAAUUGAAUCUGUUUUCCAACAAGACCGCAAAGGCCAAGUUACUGCCAUGACUGCUCUCAAAGAGCUUAGGAAAAUUAGCAAUCUUUUGUCUGAGAUGUGAGGCGAAUCAUGUAUGUAUAUAAAUAUUGUAAUUACAGUUCAUAGUGGCAACAGAAUUAGGUUCUUCUGCUGCUCUUUCUGAACCCCCACCAAAAUUUUGCAGAGAUAUGUGUAAAUAUAUUUAUUCUUGUUACAUAAUAAAGAAACUUAUAUUAUGCCUA